AGUUAAUGACUAAGCAAACAGUAAAUGACGACAUGAGCAUGAUUGUGUAGCGGAUGAGGGUGGAGUGAGUGACCAUUGCCAUUUUAAAGAAGCACGACAACGCAGAAGGUUCUUUAUCCUUGUUUACCGCUUUAUUAAAGCUUUUAGAAUCCAAAUUUAAAGAACCAUGGAGGGAGGAAUGAAGUGUGUGAAGUUCCUGGUAUUUUUCUUCAACUUUAUCUUCUGGUUGUGUGGCCUGGCUCUGAUCGUAGUGGGCGUUUUGGCACAGACGGCGAUCGCCAACUUUACCAUGAUUAAGCAGGUGGCCACGAACGCAUCCCCCAUCGUGAUCAUCGUGGUAGGAGUCGUGAUCUUCUUCAUCGCGUUCUUCGGCUGCUGCGGAGCAUGGAAAGAGAACUACUGCAUGGUCACUAUGUUUGUUGUCUUGCUCUCUUUCAUCAUCAUCGUUGAAAUCGGAAUAGCCAUCGCCGCAUACGUCUUGAGAAACCAGCUGACCAAUCUGGUGGACACUGGCCUAAAGGAAGCGAUCAAAAACUACACAAAUCCAGAUAUUAAGACAGAAGUGGAUAACCUGCAGAAAUGGCUGAAUUGCUGUGGAGCAGUGAACUCUAGCGACUGGGUGAACUUCAAGCCUGACAAAAUCUCCGUCCCCGACUCGUGCUGCAAGAACGUCACCGAUAACUGUGGAAUUGGAGCCAUGACAAACGCCACCAUCAUCAACAUCCAGGGUUGUGGGGAAGGUCUGGAGAAUUUCUUCAAGAAGAACAUUCUCUGGGUUGGAGUCGCAGCUCUCGUCAUUGCUUUCAUCGAGAUCUUGGGUGUUGUUUUUGCCUGUGCGCUGAUGAGGGGGAUCCGAAAAGGCUACGAGGUGAUGUGAUCCAGCCGUCGUAGAACUUCAACGGAAUCACUUUUUACACUCCGGUUAAACACUUCAUCUUCUUGCGGAACUUAGCCAGAAAAAAAAACAACCUCUCACACCUAUACGCCGAUAGCGAGGAUCAUAAUCUUCUCUUUUUAAUUGUAGAAGAUGAGGAAGAGAUGGAUUUCUGCCUGUUCUUGUAUUAUUAAGCCUCAUAUAUCUGUAAUUUAGUCACAGACAUCUUCACAGACUUCUUCUUUUAGACGGAUAUUGUACUUUUAUAUUCUCACGAAUCUCGUGUAUUUUACGAUCCAUAUUUUAAAGAUGACAUGCUUUCCAGACUUUGAAACAACCAACAAAUAAAGAUUUAAAAUUCCCACCCAAA